AUUACUGAGUACAUUUUUCGUUCUGAUCAACUGAUCUUCGUAUAAUAUUAUUUUGAAAAUAUUAGCACAGCACCUGCUCUUUUGAUUUGGACGCACGUUUUUGUUAUUUUGUAUAUUUGGAAGUAACGACUUGCUAACAUAUAUUCUGGAUAUUUUCCCUUUAAGGUGAAAAAACGGUUGUAGAAAAAUCCAAGAUGUCUCGAGCAGCGGGAACCCUGAUUACCACUUACCAAGCCACUUACAUCCCCCCUCAUCACAUGCCCGGCUACCGCGGACAUGUGCCGACGAUCAAGUUCGCCUACGGGGACACUUUCGGGAACGAGACUGCCAAGUACUUCCAGGACUACCGCAAUGACGCCAUGCGCAGCUCCAAGAUCAUCUACAACAAGGGCGGCAACUUCCCCACCCAGUUCUCACACAAUCCAGACUUAGUGAUCAGCCAGCGGGCGAGGGAUCGGGAUGCGUUCUUGUUUGAGCCCAAGUACCAGAGAUACAAUGUGAACUAUGACAGAGAACGGGAGAUCAAAGGAUACUACAAUGCCGCCCAGGCUCACAGAGAUUUCUACAAAGAUUCCACUAGCGAGGUGCAGCCGGUGAAACACUUCCAAGUACCGCCCACCGGACCCAAACUGGACUAGGAGCAGAAAACGAC